AUGCAAGAGAAGCAGUCUGUAGAGGAGCCCACGGGCAUUUCUAAUAGAGCCCAGCUAGAAGUUCUAGAGGAUCACACCAACAAGAUUACUUCAAUUCUUAAUGAUGUCACCAACAACUUAGCCGAUCUGCGUGUGGCCAUGGAGACCUCUAACAAGGAUAACCAGAGGGCCAUGGAGAACAUAAGGAGAGAGACGAACACCACAUUAGAGAGGCUAGAGAGGAGACUAGCCGAGAACCGUCCUGGGACACCACCUCAUGGGGGCGAGGCUUAUGCUGAUGGAUUGGAAGCCAGUGUAACCGAGUCCAUGCAUGCAUCGCCAAGGCAAGGUUUGAGGCGUGGUGGCCGUGUAGAGAACCGUGUUACCAUGAGAGGUGGAUUCCGAAUGCUGCCUUUGAGAGAGAGGAGCCGUUGGCUGGCUAUCGGGCUAGGAGCCCUAGUGUUCACCAUGAGCACCAGGAAUUUGAGCACGAGCAAGGCUAUAAGGAGCCUUACCAACAUGAACAACCCGGGCCAUGGAGAAGACAGCAUGGUCGUGGCUACCAUGGGCCACAAUUUGAGAGGGACGACUAUGAAGAUAGAAGAGGAAACCGGCAUUAGGAUUGGGGACCCAGGCGCCCUAAGGUCGACUUCCCAAAGCAAGGCUGGAAAAUGGUGGCGUUGGAUAAGGGACCAGUACGACAAGGAUCAUAUGAGGCUGGGUUGGACAGCCUUUGAGAAGGAGCUCCUCAGUCAGUUCAGGCCAUCACCAGUUGUCGAUCACCAUGGGCAGCUGGCCAAGCUAAGGCAAGAGGGCAAGGUCCAGCACUAUAUAGAGGAGUUCAGGCAGCUACAGAUCAUGGUUAGGGGCUGGUCGGAGGAAGCCUUGAUAGGCACAUUCAUUGAUGGUUUGAGACCUUGGCUUGCCAAGGAAAUCAAACUUAGACAACCCACAAGGCUACCCGAGGUGAUGAAGAUGGCUGAAAUUCUUGAGGAGAGCCAUUCUAGUGAGCAGCGCCCAACCAAAGACAUGGGGAGCAAGUCUUUCAAGAUUGUGCAAACCAAGGUCUCUUGGAAGGGAAGGGACACAUCAGCCACCACCUCCAAAUCGAGACCGGAGAUCAAGAAGCUAUCCAGUGAAGAGGUGCAAGAGCGCAUCAAGAAGGGGCUGUGUUUUAAGUGCGGAGACAAAUGGGGCCCCGGUCACAAGUGCAAGGCAGCUCAGGCCUUGUUUAUGUUUGAGGACGAGUCAAGUGAUGAUGAGUCUGAAAGCAGUCAAGAGGAACCCAGCCAAGAGGAGGAAACCGAGGAAACCAAAUCUGGUGGCACACUAGAGGAGGUUGAGCUAUCAUUGAAUGUCAUGGCUGGCAUUUCUAAACCCACGUCCAUGAGGUUGAUGGCAUGGGUGGGCAAGCGUGAAGUGACUUUGCUAGUGGAUAGCGGAUCCACACACAACUUCAUUAAUUCCAGCAUUGUGGGCAAGGUUGGACUUAAGCCGAGCCCUAUUCCCCCAUUUGAAGUAAAGGUGGCAAGUGGAGAAAAGCUGCAAUGUGAGGCCCUCAUCCGUGAAGUGAAGAUGAAUGUUCAGGGGGUCCGUAUUAUGGCAGACUUGCAUGUGCUGCCCUUGGUCGGCCUUGACUUAGUCUUAGGGAAUGCUUGGCUGAAGAGCCUUGGCAGGGUCGUCCAUGACUAUCACAACAUGACCAUGGAGUUUAAACUUGGCUCUAAGAAGCGACUGUGGACAGCCAUUACCAGUAAGGAGAUCAAGUCAUGCGAAGCCAUUAUGUUUGAGAAGCUUUGCAAAGUCGGGGCACAUUGCUUCGCCAUCGUGGUGGCCAAAGAGGAUGUAAUGAGACAAGUCAAGAACAAGGGUCAGGAGGGCACCCAUGAUGAUUUAGAGCUACUGCCUGAGGAAGUCAAGCCUGUCUUAGCAGCCCACAGGGGGGUUCUCGAGGUGCCCAUUGCACUUCCACCUCCUAGAGAGUUUGAUCACAGAAUUCGACUAGUGGAUGAAACCAAGCCGAUCAACGUGCCACCCUAUAGAUACGCCCACUUUCAGAAGGAAGAGAUUGAACAGCAGGUGGAUGAGAUGCUGAAGAGUGGCCUAAUCCGCCCUAGUACUAGUCCCUUUUCUUCACCGGUGCUGUUGGUGAGGAAGAAGGAUGGCACAUGGAGGUUCUAUACGGACUAUAGGGCCUUGAAUGAAGCCACGGUCAAGGACAGAUUUCCAAUCCCCACUGUCGAUGAGAUGUUAGAUAAGCUACAUGGGGCUACGGUGUUCUCAAAGUUAGAUUUAAGGGCUCGCUACCAUCAGAUUCGAAUGAAUGAGGAAGACAUCCAUAAGACAGCCUUUAGGACUCGCUCAGGCCAUUAUGAAUAUCUGGUGAUGCCUUUCGGUUUGUGCAAUGCUCAAUCAACGUUUCAGGCUGCAAUGAAUAGCAUCUUCAAGCCACUACUCCGGAAGUUUGUGCUUGUCUUCUUUGAUGACAUUUUGGUCUAUUCUAAGACCAUCGAAGAGCAUAAGCAACACUUGGAGAAGGUGCUAACAAUUCUAGAGGAGCAUCAUUUCUUUAUCAAAGCCACCAAGUGUGCCUUCAUGGAGAAGGAGUUGGAGUACUUAGGCCACUUUAUCUCAGGAGAUGGUGUCAAAGUUGAUCACAGAAAGAUAGAGGCCAUGGUGGAUUGGCCUCUACCCAAGGACAUCUCAGCCUUGAGAGGAUUUCUGGGGCUCACGGGUUAUUACAGGAGGUUUGUCAAAGGCUAUGGGCUCAUAGCCAAGCCACUCACAACAAUGCUCAAGAAGGACAGUUUUGAGUGGACAACCGAGGCUAGGGAAGACUUUGAAGAACUGAAGCGAGCCAUGACCAAGACACCUGUGUUGGCACUUCCCAAUUUUGAGACACCUUUUGAAGUUUAUACAGAUGCAAGCGGUGAAGGUAUCGAGGCUGUGUUGCAGAAAAUUGUCACCCCGAAACAACAGAAGUUCCUUGUCAAGUUGCUAGGCUUUGAGUAUGACAUAGUCUAUCAACCGGGCAAGGAAAAUAAGGUGGCUGAUGCCUUAAGCCGCAGGGAAGGCAGCCAACUACUUAAGGUAGUGGGAGAUGAUGAGGAGUCAUCAAACUUGGCACUAAGCUGGGUAGAAUGGCGAGUAUGGGACAAGAUCAGAGAGGCUACCAGAUUGGAUGCAAGGGCACUUGAGAUCAUUAAGCUCUUGGAUGCCCAAGGGCAAGGGGUUGUAAACUACAAAGUUAGAGACGGUCUGAUCUUCUACAAGAACUAUGUUUAUGUGCCGAACGUUCCCAAUCUCAGGAAUGAGAUCCUAGAUCAUUUCCAUAACAGCAAGGAAGGUGGUCAUUCUGGAUGGUUGAGAACAUACAUCCGAUUGAAGCAUUUCUUCUAUUGGAAAGGAAUCAAGGGUGAUGUCAAGAGACUUAUGGCCAGCUGUGACAUCCGUCAAAAGGCCAAGUAUGACACUAGGCCAUAA